UGUUCCUUUCACUGAUUUCGCCAAUAAAUACUCUCUUCACAUUUUCCCAACUUUCCCUGAAAAUCCAUUGCAGACCCUCCGAAGCUCCGUCCACCACCAAUUUUCUUUCUCUCGAUCCUUCGCUUCGAAUUGACGUCUUCAUAUAUAGUCCCAGUAGUUCUUCAAUUUUCACUCACUGUUGUGACCUGGUGUUUGUGAAAAUGGCGACUGGAGCUGUUCCGGCAUCGUUUACGGCUCUGAAGAGCAGGGACCAUGGCUUAGGAUUCGCGAAAAGCAUGGAUUUUGUGAGAGUUUCUGACUUGCAGAGAGUCAAGUUUGGUCGGAAGAAGGUCUCAGUGAUCACAAACUCGAACCCCGGUUCGGAAAUUGCAGAACUUCAGCCUGCAUCACAAGGGAGCCCUUUAUUGGUUCCUAGGCAGAAGUAUUGUGAGUCCAUACACAAAACAGUUAGGCGGAAAACCCGGACAGUGAUGGUUGGAAAUGUGGCUAUUGGAAGUGAGCAUCCCAUAAAAAUUCAAACAAUGACCACAACUGACACCAAGGAUGUUGCUGCAACAGUUGAACAGGUGAUGAGAAUAGCUGACACCGGUGCAGAUAUUGUUCGGAUAACAGUGCAAGGCAAGAGGGAAGCAGAUGCAUGUUAUGAAAUCAAAAACUCCCUCGUUCAACAGAAUUAUAACAUACCUCUGGUAGCAGACAUUCACUUUGCCCCCUCUGUUGCAAUGCGAGUUGCCGAAUGCUUUGACAAAAUUCGUGUCAACCCAGGAAACUUUGCUGAUAGGCGGGCUCAGUUUGAAACGCUUGAGUAUACUGAAGACGACUAUCAGAAAGAACUUGAGCAUAUUGAGCAGAUUUUUUCUCCUUUGGUUGAGAAAUGUAAGAAAUAUGGAAGGGCAAUGCGCAUUGGAACAAACCAUGGUAGCCUUUCAGAUCGUAUAAUGAGUUACUAUGGGGAUUCUCCAAGAGGAAUGGUUGAAUCUGCCUUCGAAUUCGCAAGAAUUUGUCGGAAGUUGGAUUACCACAAUUUCGUCUUUUCAAUGAAAGCAAGCAAUCCAGUUGUCAUGGUCCAGGCAUACCGUUUGCUUGUUGCUGAAAUGUAUGUUCAAGGCUGGGAUUAUCCACUACACUUGGGAGUUACUGAAGCUGGUGAAGGUGAGGAUGGACGGAUGAAAUCUGCAAUUGGCAUUGGAACCCUUCUUCAGGAUGGCUUGGGUGAUACAAUUAGGGUCUCCCUCACAGAACCUCCAGAAGAGGAGAUAGACCCCUGUAGAAGGCUGGCUAACCUUGGUACAAGAGCAGCUAAACUUCAGCAAGGGGUGGCUCCAUUUGAAGAGAAACAUAGGCAUUACUUCGAUUUCCAACGCAGAACUGGUCAAUUGCCAAUGCAAAAGGAGGGUGAAGAGGUGGAUUACAGAGGCGUGCUGCACCGUGAUGGCUCUGUUCUCAUGUCUGUUUCCCUGGAUCAGUUGAAGACACCUGAACUCCUCUACAAAUCACUUGCAGCUAAGCUUGUCGUUGGCAUGCCAUUUAAGGAUCUGGCAACUGUGGACUCAAUCUUAUUGAGAGAGCUUCCAUCAGCAGAUGACAAUGAUGCAAGGCUAGCUCUCAAGAGGUUGAUAGAUAUUAGUAUGGGGGUUAUAACUCCAUUGUCAGAGCAGCUGACGAAACCAUUACCGAAUGCCAUGGUCCUGGUAAAUCUUAAGGAAUUAUCAACUUGUGCUUACAAGCUUUUGCCGGAAGGCACACGCUUGGUUGUGUCUAUACGUGGUGAUGAACCUUAUGAAGAGCUGGAAACUCUUAGAAAUAUUGAUGCCACAAUGCUUCUACAUGAUCUACCAUAUACAGAGGACAAAAUCAGCAGAGUACAUGCAGCUAGGAGGCUAUUUGAGUUUCUUUCAGACAAUGGUCUGAACUUCCCUGUAAUUCACCAUUUACAGUUCCCUAAGUCAAUUCACAGGGACGAUUUAGUUAUUGGUGCUGGUAGCAAUGCUGGAGCCCUUUUAGUAGAUGGUCUUGGAGAUGGUGUUCUAUUAGAAACCCCAGAUCAGGACUUCGAUUUUCUUAGAAAUACAUCUUUCAAUUUGCUACAAGGUUGCAGAAUGCGGAAUACAAAGACAGAAUAUGUCUCAUGCCCAUCCUGUGGUAGGACUCUAUUCGACCUUCAAGAGAUAAGCGCACAAAUAAGAGAGAAGACAUCACACCUGCCUGGUGUUUCUAUUGCAAUCAUGGGUUGCAUAGUAAAUGGACCAGGGGAGAUGGCUGAUGCAGAUUUUGGGUAUGUUGGUGGUGCUCCAGGAAAGAUUGACCUUUAUGUUGGGAAGACGGUAGUAAAGCGGGCUAUUGCAAUGGAGCAUGCAACUGAUGCCCUAAUCCAGCUAAUAAAAGAUCACGGCCGGUGGGUAGAUCCUUCUGCAGAAGAGUAAGGUCAGGCAAUAUGACUCCAUACAGGAAUAAAAUAAAGUCGUUGAAAUGGGGAUUACUGUACAAUUAUUGUAUACUUGGGUAAAAAGUAUAUAGUGCUAAAAAGUACAAUUUGUCCCCAUAAGAAGUGCUAUACAUGUAUCAUCUUUGUUAUCAAUUGAAUGCUGCAACGAGGUGAUGAAAAUUGGGUACGAGCCUUGGUUGAUCAUUGUAUUGUAUAGAUGUACGCAACGAUCUUUGUUGUAGAUUUAGCAAUAUAUUGUGAUAAUUUUCAGAUU